GUUGGAGAGAGGGUGACCCUAGAGGACACUGCGGAUCACUCUCAUAGGUGGCCUUGGCAAACAGACCUCGCCGACUGAAGGCAAAGACCCCUUCCAUCUCACCUGCCCUUCCAGCCGCCACAGUUGUCGACCCCCUCCCGUAGAAGGGGAUCCUGCAGCUCCAGCAUUGGAGUGGACUUUGGACCCCGGCCUCUUGGGAUGCAAAGGAUGAAGUGACGCCCCUACUCUGAAAGAGGAGCCUCUAGGACCCGUUACGAGAGUUUGGGACCAAAGAGAGGAGAAUGGAUCUUGGUACAGCUGAAGGCACCCGGUGCACCGACCCGCCCGCAGGCAAGCCCGCGAUGGCGGCCAAGCGCAAAGGUGGCCUGAAGCUCAAUGCCAUCUGCGCCAAGCUGAGCCGCCAGGUGGUGGUGGAGAAGGGGACGGAGGCGGGCCCCCAGGCCGAGGGCAGCCCACUGCGGCCGCGGGACCGAGAGGCCGGUGUGGCCCGGGGAGCCCGCAGCGAGGAAGACAAGAGGCGGGCGGUGAUCGAGAAGUGGGUCAACGGCGAGUACAGCGAGGAGCCCGCGCCCGCGCUGGGCCUGGGACGGAUCAGCCGCGAGGGCCUGGAGCUGCCCCCCGAGGGCGUCUACAUGGUGCAGCCCCAGGGCUGCAGCGAUGAGGAGGACCACGGCGAAGAGCCCCCCAAGGAUGGCAGUGGUGUUGCAGGCGAGAAGGAGUCUGAUGGGGCAGCCUCCAAGGACAACAGCGGCCCCAGUGCCAAGCAGGCUUCAGGAGAGGCCUCCUCGCUCCGGGACUACGCGGCUUCUACCAUGACCGAGUUCCUCGGCAUGUUUGGCUAUGAUGACCAGAACACGAGGGAUGAGCUGGCCAGGAAGAUCAGCUUCGAGAAGCUGCACGCGGGCUCCAUCCCGGAGGUGGCCACCUCUUCCAUGCUGCCCACCUCCGAGGAUGCCCUCAGCAAGCGGGCACGCUUCUCCAAAUACGAGGAGUACAUCCGCAAGCUCAAGGCCGGCGAGCAGCUCUCCUGGCCAGCCCAUAGCACCAAGGCCGAGGAGCGGGCAGGCAAGGAGGUGACGGGGCCCCUGCCUGGCCUGAGGCUGCCCAGCAGCACAGCUCACCUGGAGACCAAGGCCACCAUCCUGCCCCUGCCCUCACACAGCAGUGUCCCCAUGCAGGGCCUAGUGGCCCGCGCCUCCAAGUACGACUUCUUCAUCCAGAAACUGAAGACAGGCGAGAACUUGCGGCCCCAGAACGGUAGCACCUACAAGAAGCCAUCCAAGUACGACCUGGAGAAUGUCAAAUACCUCCAUCUCUUCAAGCCCGGGGAAGGCAGCCCCGACAUGGGCGGGGCCAUUGCCUUCAAGACGGGCAAGGUGGGGCGCCCCUCCAAGUAUGACGUCCGCGCCAUCCAGAAGCCGGGCCCUGCCAAGGUCCCGCCCACCCCCAGCCUGGCUCCUGCGCCCCUCCCCAGCGUGCCCAGUGCUCCCAGCGCCCCUGGGCCAGGGCCUGAGCCACCUGCCUCCCUGCCCUUCAACACUCCCGAGUACCUGAAGUCGACCUUCUCCAAAACAGACUCCAUCACCACAGGGACCGUCUCCACUGUCAAGAACGGAUUGCCCACAGAUAAACCAGCUGUCACUGAAGAUGUAAACAUUUACCAGAAAUAUAUUGCCAGGUUCUCAGGCAGUCAGCACUGUGGCCACAUCCACUGCGCCUACCAGUACCGAGAACACUACCAUUGCCUGGACCCCGAGUGCAACUACCAGAGGUUCACGAGCAAGCAGGACGUGAUCCGUCACUACAACAUGCACAAGAAGCGUGACAACUCCCUGCAGCACGGCUUCAUGCGCUUCAGCCCGCUGGACGACUGCAGCGUCUACUACCACGGCUGCCACCUCAACGGGAAGAGCACCCACUACCACUGCAUGCAGGUGGGCUGUAACAAGGUGUAUACCAGCACAUCAGACGUGAUGACCCACGAGAACUUCCACAAGAAGAACACCCAGCUCAUCAACGAUGGCUUCCAGCGCUUCCGAGCCACCGAGGACUGCGGCACAGCUGACUGCCAGUUCUACGGGCAGAAGACCACCCAUUUCCACUGCAGGCGCCCCGGCUGCACGUUCACCUUCAAGAACAAGUGUGACAUCGAGAAGCACAAGAGCUACCACAUCAAGGAUGACGCGUAUGCCAAGGACGGCUUCAAGAAGUUCUACAAGUACGAGGAGUGCAGGUACGAGGGCUGCGUGUACAGCAAGGCCACCAACCACUUCCACUGCAUCCGUGCUGGCUGCGGCUUCACCUUCACCUCCACCAGCCAGAUGACCUCCCACAAGCGCAAGCACGAGCGCAGGCACGUGCGCUCCUCGGGCGUGCUGGGGCUGCCGGCCUCGCUGCUGGGCGCCAAGGACACGGAGCACGAGGAGUCAAGCAACGACGACCUGGUCGACUUCUCGGCCUUGAGCAGCAAGAACUCCAGCCUGAGCGCCUCCCCGACCAGCCAGCAGUCCUCCGCCUCCCUGGCCGCCGCCGCCGCCGCCACCUCGGAGGCCGUGCCCAGCGCCGCCAAGCCUCCCAACAGCAAGAUCUCGGGGCUGCUGUCCCAGGGCCUGCCCGCUUCCAUCCCGCUGGCACUGGCCCUCUCCAACUCAGGCCUGCCCACCGCCGCCCCCUACUUCCCCAUCCUGCCAGCUCGGAGCGGCGCCUCCCUGCCCGUGGGCGCCCCCGGCCUGCUGGGUGCCAUGUCAUCAGGGGUGGCGGCCUCAGCAGCCGCUGACACGCCUGCUCUGGCUGCCUCGGGAGCCGGCGACUCUGCCCCGGCGGCUGCCUCCUCCGUCCCGGUGCCCCCCGCCUCCAUCAUGGAAAGGAUCUCGGCGAGCAAGGGCCUCAUUUCACCCAUGAUGGCCAGGCUGGCCGCCGCCGCCCUCAAGCCCUCUGCCACCUUUGACCCAGGAAGUGGGCAGCAGGCCGCCCCCGCCAGGUUCCCCACAACCCCAGUGAAGCAGGAGCCCGGUGAGGACACUGGCGCCCCGGUUCCCCACGAGGUCUCCCAGGACCGCAGUUUAGACCUGACUGUGAAGGAGCCCAGCAAUGAAUCAAAUGGCCACGCAGUCCCGGCAAAUUCAUCUCUUUUAUCCUCGCUUAUGAAUAAGAUGUCUCAGGGCAACCCCAACCUCGGCAGCCUGUUGAACAUCAAGACGGAAGCAGAGGGCAGCGCCGCCAUGGAGUCCUCGCCCUUCCUGGGCAAGGCUGUGAAGGCACUGGUUCAGGAGAAGCUGUCCGAGCCCUGGAAGGUGUACCUUCGAAGGUUUGGCACCAAGGACUUCUGUGAUGCCCAGUGUGACUUCCUUCACAAGGCCCACUUCCACUGUGUGGUGGAGGAGUGCGGCGCGCUUUUCAGCACCCUGGACGGGGCCAUCAAGCACGCCAACUUCCACUUCCGGACGGAGGGAGGAGCAGUGAAGGGAAACGCAGAGGCCUCCUUCCCCGCCUCGGCUGCGGAGACCAAACCUGCCUUGGCCCCCUCGUCCCCUCCAGCGCCUCCUGUCACCACAGCCACGGUUUCCUCUCUGGAAGGUCCCACUCCCAGCCCGGCCGCCGUGCCCUCCACCCCCACGCUGCUCGCCUGGAAGCAGCUCGCUUCCACCAUACCCCAGAUGCCUCAGAUUCCAGCGUCAGUGCCUCACCUGCCCACUUCACCCUUGGCAACGACUUCUCUAGAAAACGCCAAGCCCCAGGUCAAACCCGGAUUCCUGCAGUUCCAGGAGAACGAUCCUUGCCUCGCAACGGACUGCAAGUAUGCCAGCAAGUUCCACUUCCACUGUCUCUUUGGGAACUGCAAGUACGUCUGCAAAACCUCAGGCAAGGCAGAAUCACACUGCCUGGACCACAUCAACCCCAACAACAACCUGGUGAACGUGCGAGACCAGUUCGCGUACUACUCACUUCAGUGUCUCUGUCCCAACCAGCACUGCGAGUUCCGGAUGCGUGGACACUACCACUGCCUCCGGACUGGCUGCUACUUUGUGACCAACAUCACCACCAAGUUGCCAUGGCACAUAAAGAAGCACGAGAAGGCCGAGCGGCGGGCGGCCAACGGGUUCAAGUACUUCACCAAGCGCGAGGAGUGUGGCAGGCUAGGCUGCAAGUACAACCAGGUGAACAGCCACUUCCACUGCAUCCGGGAGGGCUGCCAGUUCUCCUUCCUCCUCAAGCACCAGAUGACCUCCCACGCCCGGAAGCACAUGCGGAGGAUGCUGGGGAAGAACUUCGAUCGCGUGCCCCCCUCCCAGGGCCCCCCGAGCCUGAUGGACACGGAGACAGAUGAGUACAUGGACUACACGGGCUGCAGCCCGGGCGCCGUGUCCUCCGAGUCGUCCACCAUGGACCGAAGCUGCUCCAGCACCCCCGUGGGCAACGAGAGCACGGCGGCAGGGAACACCAUCUCCAUGCCCACAGCCUCUGGGGCCAAGAAGCGCUUCUGGAUCAUCGAGGACAUGUCGCCGUUCGGCAAGCGGCGCAAGACGGCCUCCUCGCGGAAGAUGCUGGACGAGGGCAUGAUGCUGGAGGGCUUCCGGCGCUUCGACCUCUACGAGGACUGCAAGGACGCGGCGUGCCAGUUCUCGCUCAAGGUCACCCACUACCACUGCACGCGGGAGAACUGCGGCUACAAGUUCUGCGGGCGCACGCACAUGUACAAGCACGCUCAGCACCACGACCGCGUGGACAACCUGGUGCUGGACGACUUCAAGCGCUUCAAGGCCUCGCUGCGCUGCCACUUCACCGACUGCCCCUUCUCGGGCAGCAGCACGCACUUCCACUGCCUGCGCUGCCGCUUCCGCUGCACGGACAGCACCAAGGUCACGGCGCACCGCAAGCACCACGGCAAGCAGGACGUGAUCAGCGCCGCGGGCUUCUGCCAGUUCAGCUCCAGCGCCGACUGCGCCGUGCCCGACUGCAAGUACAAGCUCAAGUGCUCGCACUUCCACUGCACCUACCCCGGCUGCCGCCACACGGUCGUGGGCAUGUCGCAGAUGGACUCGCACAAGCGCAAGCACGAGAAGCAGGAGCGCGGGGAGCCGCCCGCCACCUCCCCGGGCCCCGCCGUCAGCCUGGACGGCGCGCUGUCGCUGGGCGCCGAGCCGGGGGGCGCCCUGCUCUUCCUGCCGCCCGCCGCCGCCGCCGCCGGUGGCCCGGGGGGGCUGGGGCUGGGGCUGGGCGACCCGGGCGACCCCGGCCUGCUCGACGGCCCCGCCGCGCCCGCGCCCGUGCCCGCGGCCAGAGAGUCGUCACAGGAGGACGAGGAAGAGGAGCUGGAGCUGCCCGAGGAGGAGGCGGACGAGGACGAGGACGAGGAUGAGGACGACGACGAGGACGACGACGAGGACGACGAGGACGAGGACGACGACGAGGACCUGCGCACCGACUCAGAGGAGGAGUCGCUGCCCGAGGCGGCGGCGGGGGCGCCCGGGGCGCGGAGCCCGGAGCUGACGGCCCCUGCGCCCGCCGCGGCCUCGCCCUAGCCGGCCCGUCGGGGGAGGGACGCGGGGACCGGGCCCGGGGCCUCCUCGCCCGCCCCCCCCCCCCCCC